UCUCUCUCUCUCUCUCUCUCUUAAGCACAGACUAUAGAUGGCGAAACCUUUGCCUCACUGAGUGUCACAGUAAUUGUAAUGGCAACGUGCUCAAGGCUCCUGGUGAUACUUAUUUAUGACUAUUCAAGGACAUAUACAGGAUACCAGAAAAGAGACAUUCUACACACUGCAUAUAAUGCAGAGCUCCGCAUACUGGCAUGCGCCCAUCGACAAGACGAUGCCUUGGCUGCUAUAAAGCUUCUUGAAGUUUCCAGUCCUACCAGACAAAGUCCCAUUGCAGCCUAUGGACUACACCUGAUGGAGCUUGUUGGCCGAGCCUCUCCACUCUUAAUCAACCAUAGGUUGGGCAAAAAGGCUUCUUCACGUGCCUCUCGUUCGCAACAAGUAAUAGACGCCUUUCGGUACUAUGAGCUGCAACAUUCAGGUUUGGUCAGUGUGCAAAUCUUCACUGCAAUGUCACUUCCAAUGUUUAUGCAACAUGACAUUUGUUCGUUGGCCUUUGACAAGUUGGCAUCUCUCAUCAUACUUCCAUUUCAUAGGAAAUGGAAUCAGCAAGGCAAAUUGAUUUUGGAUAACAGUGUUUUGAGGACAAUAAACCUUCAUGUGCUGGACAUGGCUCCUUGUUCUGUAGGCAUUCUUGUUGACCGUCGCAAAUUACACCAGGUAUCAUCUAUUUCAUUGGUGCCAUCAGUAUAUCGUGUGGCUGUAGUUUUCUUGGAAGGUGAUGAUGAUCGGGAGGCACUGGCAUAUGGCAAGCGUAUGGCAAAAUCGUCAGGAGUUCACUUGACAGUUGUUCGACUUCUUUCAAUGGAUGGUUUGGAUGAGGACCAGUGGCAGGUCAUGCUUGAUUCAGAAAUGAUCAGGGAUAUAAGGCUCCGGGUUUCACUCAAGCAAAAUAUAGAGUAUAUAGAAGAAAAGAUGAAAGAUGGGUCAGACACGGCCUCUCUAGUUCGUAAGAUGGAGGGAUCUUUUGACCUUAUCAUAACAGGGCGGCGUCACAGACAGGAUGUGCCACAGCUAUCAGGCCUAACAGAAUGGAUUGAAUUGCCAGAGCUAGGACCAAUUGGAGACAUACUUGCUUCUGCUGAUGUUGAUAAAUCAGUUUCAGUCCUGAUUGUGCAACAACAACUAGUGCAGAUCAAGUGAGGAAGGAUCAAUUGGUUGAUGAAGUGCUAGUUUUGAUCCAAAUAUCGACGUUUAUGUAAAUUCACACAAAAUCCAUAGCACUAACAGCUGUUGAACCCGGUAAUUAUUUGCAAUGAAGGAAAACCAGUCAUUGCAUUUCUUGUUUUGCAUUCACUAUGAAGCUAAUCUUCGUAUAAUUCAAGCUUAGAUGCCUUGACAAAACACAUUCUUGUAAAAUAGUUUCGAUACAAUCUUC